AUGGAUCCAUACUCUAAACAUGCUCAAGAGGAAGCUUCCCCAGGAUAUUCCUAUCAUCAAUGUAAGAUAAAGUCUACAGUUGAACCACAGCAGGGCCCAUUACAACCAUAUGACGACGCAUCGUAUAAUCAAGAUAAACGACGUGGUCAACGGCGGUCUCCAUUGCAAGGUUAUUCUGGCCAGCAAGAUGACUCGAACGAUGCAUCAGCAUAUUCUGCCUAUUACGGUGGUUAUUCCGGCCACGAAGCCUCUGUACCGUACAACGAAGAUCAGAAUGCUCAAGCUAUUGGGGGGAUAAAUCCGUCUGCUUCUCAGUAUUCAGAUGCCCCAUAUUCAAUAGACAGUGGUAAACAAGCGUACGAUAGUAAUACGGGCGAUUAUAAUAAUGACGCCUAUGGUGGAUAUGAUAGCAAGAAACCUUAUGGAGAUGCAUAUAAUGGAGACUAUUAUUCUCGAGAGGGCGGUAAAGAAACGUCUGCAUACGCGUCAGCUAAACGUCCGGGAUCAUAUGAUGACUAUGGAUCAAGAGGAUACGAUGACAGGUCCGGUAAAGGGAACGCUGAAGAGCCAGUAAUUCAGACUAUCCCUGAUACUAUUUAUAUCUCCAACUUGAGUGAGGAUGUUACAGAAGAGAAAUUAGCCGAGUUCUUUGGAAACCUUGGAAGGAUCAAAUUUGAUAAGAAGACUGGAAAGCCUAAGGUAUGGAUCUAUUACGAUAAAGUCACAAAUCGACCAAAGGGGGAUGCUACCCUGACAUUUGAUGACCCAGACUCGACAACUGCAGCAAUCGACUGGUUCAACAAUAAAGAGUUUCUUGGCCAGACUAUUAAAGUAGAAAUGUCCGUACGGAAAAUGAACCCUGCUUCGUUCAGAGGCAGCCGCGUUGUCAAUCCAAUAACUUUGCAAGACGUUCGGAAUGCUUUAAAUGUCGGGCCCCACGACUCGAUGCUGCACAAUCAGAUUCCUACAACUCCCGGUGGUUAUUCUCACGGCAAUGGCAAUAACAACAGUAGUCGUUACCAUGAUAAUGAUAGAAGUCGCGGAUAUCGUCAUGGGGAUAGCGGUGGAUAUGGUGGUGGCUAUCAACAGGGUUAUCAGCGGCCAGCUAAAGGUGAAGAGCGCCGUGACACCGGUCGGUUUAGGCCGUAUUGA